CACGUAGGCGGACGUCAGGAGGAAACAGAUUUUCACACCACAGGCCGUUCAACAAAAAGUGAUAAAAGCAAAAUGCAGAUCUUUGUUAAGACCCUGACUGGUAAAACCAUCACUUUGGAAGUUGAGCCGAGUGACACAAUUGAAAACGUGAAGGCCAAGAUCCAGGAUAAGGAAGGUAUCCCUCCUGACCAGCAGAGGCUGAUUUUUGCUGGUAAGCAGCUAGAAGAUGGCCGCACUCUCUCUGACUACAACAUCCAGAAGGAGUCCACCCUCCACCUGGUGCUACGUCUGAGAGGAGGGAUGCAGAUCUUUGUUAAGACCCUGACUGGGAAGACCAUCACUUUGGAGGUUGAACCAAGUGACACCAUUGAGAAUGUGAAAGCCAAAAUUCAAGACAAAGAGGGUAUUCCUCCUGAUCAGCAGAGGCUGAUUUUCGCUGGUAAGCAGCUAGAAGAUGGCCGCACUCUCUCUGACUACAACAUCCAGAAGGAGUCCACCCUCCACCUGGUGCUACGUCUGAGAGGAGGGAUGCAGAUCUUUGUUAAGACCCUGACUGGGAAGACCAUCACUUUGGAGGUGGAACCUAGUGACACCAUUGAAAACGUCAAGGCAAAGAUCCAGGACAAAGAGGGUAUCCCUCCUGACCAACAGAGGCUGAUUUUCGCUGGUAAGCAGCUUGAAGAUGGUCGCACCCUCUCAGACUACAACAUUCAAAAGGAAUCCACCCUCCACUUGGUGCUGCGAUUGAGAGGAGGAAACUAGGAACAGCUUGUUCC